AUGCAGGACCUGAGAUACUCUCCACUCUGUCUUAUCAAGGGAGGUAUCUCAUCAUCCUCUAAUAUUAAUCCUCUCUCUUCCCUCCCUCCCAUCGUCAGAGGAAUCGCAUCAUCCUCGACAAUCAACCGAUCCCUCUCUUCCUCCUGCCGCAAUCAUGCUGGCGCCUCUUCUUCUGCCUCUCCUCCAUCUUCUUCUUCUCCUCCUCCUCCUCCUCCUCCAUCUCCACCAUCUCCUUCAUUUGCUCCUCCGCUUCGCUCCUUUCUUCUCUUUUCCCUCCUCCUUCUCUCCUCCUUUACCUGUUCUCUCGCCCUCGCAAUCGGCAUCCUUGUAUCUUUAUCCCCCUACCCUCCUCUCCUCCCUCCUCACCAUCGGCACAAAACAUCCUCUUCCUUAGAGGUGUUCUCCCAGUCCCCCCCUCAGCAUCGUUCUGACCAACAAACCAGCCUCCAACGAGGCAUCAUCAGCAAAGCCCCCACCAGAAUCGUUCUGAUCAACAAACCAGGUCUUCAAGGAGACACCUCUGCCACGGAUGAUACUCCACCCAUCAGUCCUCACCCUCAUAGGGUUGGUGGUCUGGUGGUGUGGAGGCAUCUUCACCAGUAUGGAGGACAUGAAGGAGGAUACGAUCCGUCGUAUCCUCUGCCUUCUUUGGGGAAUUUGAGUACCGGCCCCUGGCAAUUGUUCUACCCUCUCAUGGGGCCUUGCCGGGGUGCAAGUACAACCCGAGACACUGCUGUAUUCCCCAUUUUGAUCUGUGGGGUGGGCCCCUUAGCUCUACAAGAGAGCUCGCAUCAAGAUCCCGAAGGCCUUACCGGCGGCGAUACAAGGCCUCAAAGUGCCUUUUGGUGCGGCACUUCUAACGCAUCAACUAUAGAUUGCGGGUGGAGAGAGUCUCUGGUAUAUUCCGACGCUCGGAGUAGUGGGGUGAUGCGGUGGGCUGUGCGGUGGGGGCCCAGAAAUAUUCUUAUUCGGUGGCUGAGGGGCUUUGGAAAGGCAGCCCUUGAUUUCGCCCUGAGGCGGUUGCCAAAACACACCGUGUUGGGAGGUUUGACAAUUGAUGCAGCCUGCAACCUCGUCAAGACUGUCGUGGGCGGCAUCCGUUCCCUUCCAUGGGUCGGGUGUGCGGGUUCGUUCCGGCACCGGAACCAUAUAGAAAGCAACUUCACUAGCCUUCUUGGUUCCUUCCCUGUGGGCGGCAUCCAAGAGCGCCCUCCCGAGCCCAAUAGGACCUUCACGGGGACAAUGGUAUGGGCGACGGACGGUGCCUGCCCCUUCCUCUCCAACAAGAAUGAGUGUGCCCUCUCUCUUUUAGGGCCGGAUACUCAUGCCGUGCAAACCUCGGAAGAGGUUUUCGGAAAAUAUCGGGUGCGGGCCUGCUCUUCUGCCCAAGGAGAGCGUUCUUUGACACUCAAGGAAGAAGCUGCAAUGUUUAUUCCCUCCCACGACCCCCUGUGUCUACGACUUAUCUCCUACGGGAGAGUUAUUGAAUCAGCGAUUCAAGAUUCCGGUUCCUGCUCAGUUUUGUCAGCUAUCAUACGAGCGAAAGCUAUUUCGAAAUUGAAAAGAGGAUAUGUGACUUACAGAGCUAAAAUGUUUAUAUUGGAAACAGAGGGCGCAUCUACGAACUCGGGAAAAAUGUUUCACCGUCGUGCCGUGAAAGUGGAGAGCUCCCCGACCACACCUCUGUCCCCCUCAAACCCACCCAUCUCAAUCCCAGCCGCCCCUCCCUCCUCACGCGCUAGCACCUCUGGCUACGAGACCGGACCUCCGUCUUCUCAAACUACAGCCACCUUCGAUCCAAGAUCGCCUCCUGGAUCACGUCCCACCGACUCUGGCUAUGGGUACGCUAACCUGAGCCCACUUCCCCCGAUGUUACACCCUCCCUAUAUGCGCUAUAAUGAGGGUAAAUUGGAGCCUCGCCUCUUUGUUGGACCUCCGGUAUCGCUGGAUCUCGCAAUCAGACAACGUGUAUUCCAAAAUGCUAUCUUUGAAGCUCACGUUCAGGGCAUCAGAGCAACUGAUACGACAUUUGGUCAAACGGCCUCGCCAGGGCAGCUACACGGCGGGGGUUACCGGUCUCUUCCAUCUCAUCCCUAUCAGUAUUCACAUGGCCAGCGCAGCUACACCCACCAGAACGGAACAUCUCAGGGCGAGGACAGUAGAGAUCACGUCGAGCAUCAAACUUCCGUUUCCUCGUAUCUCUGGCCCCAGAGAGACCACACCCAAUCUGUGCCAAACGUAAAGUCUCCUGACCGCGGUGUUCCUGUGUCUAACUGGGUCCAUGAUCCCCGCAGUUAUUUACGCGGAACGAGAAGUCAAGGCAUUGAGGAUGGAGGAGGUGCACAGACCAGCGUCAAACAGGAGAAUCCCCCGGCCGGGGCUAGCGACCGAUCCACCGAGGAAAGUCAUGAGUGUAGCUCGGAAUCUAAAGUGGAAAUCAGGCCAACUCAAAAGAAGGCCACACCUUCAUCUGAAGUUCCUAAUGUCACAGAGCAGAGUGGAGCUACCAUUGAUAGCAUUAAUCCAUUCGCAAAUAGAGCGAAUACCUCAAGUGCAUCAGCCUCAGCCGAACCUGAGUCUGUUUCGCCGCGCACCAUUACUGCUCCUUCAUCCGUCGCUUCGCCCCACGAGAGCGACAAUCGGCAGGAAAGCAAAACACAGCCUCCUUCUAAAACCAUUGUCAGCCCGAAUGAUGACGUUUAUGUCCUGACUGGUGUUGAAGCCCUACAAGCUCAGAGAAAUGAGGAAUUAGAAAAUGCCUUCCAGGCUUUUCAUGGUUUGCCUCGCAGAGACCUCCUUCAAAAUAAUAUUGCUACAGUGAAGCGUGAGGCCGGCGAAGAGCUUGCUGAGAAACCGGUCAAACGCGAGAGGUCUGCCAAUACUGAUGAGAUGGAAAUCUGUUGA